CAAAAUCGGUUUUAUCGACACUUUUAACCAACAUGCGUCAGAGGCAGUUGCGCGUGCACCGUGCCCGAUCAGCCGGCCGCGCGUGACAGUAUCGGUUGGGCGCGUGUCUGCAGUUUUUGGGCGGUUUUCGCGGGUUUGAUGAGAGAGGAGCCUGUGAGCUAACCGGCUAACUGAGAGCUAACAUGGACGCGGUUUGAUCAACUUUAUCGGCAGUUUGACUCGGUAACAGGACACAACAUGGACGCGCUGCUGGACUUUGAGGAGUGUGUCAAAGACUCACCUGAGUUCAGGCUGAAGCUCGAGCUGAUUACGGCCGAUGUUUCUGCGCUCGAGACACAGCUGGACAAGGUGAUGAAGCUGUGCGGUAAGAUGGUGGAGGCGGGACAAGCGUACAGCGCAGCCAAUCAGCUGUUCCUGAGCGGCCUGUCUGAACUCUCCAUGAAGCACAAGACGGACGGCGUCAUCACCAACUGUCUGAACCAGUUUAACCAGGGCCUGCAGGAGAUGGUCAGCUUCCACACU